AUGCUACAGUUCGACUUCGAAAACAGCGUUGGCUACUGGAUCUUUGCUACGGCACACCAGUUGGCCUGCGCCAUGAACGAGCACCUACAGGAAUUAGGCAUCACACAUCGACAGUGGGAAGUGUUGGCGUGGCUUUCUUUUGAAGGUGAACUUUCUCAAACGGAACUCGCCGAACGGAUGGGGAUCGAAUCGCCCACAUUGGUUGGAGUGCUCGACCGCAUGGAGCGCGACGACUGGAUUAAGCGCGUUCCCAGCGAGACCGAUCGCCGCAAGAAAAUCAUUCAUCCCACCGAGCGUGUCGAGCCGGUGUGGACUAAGAUGGUCGAGGCCGGGCUCAACGUUCGUGCCAAAGCCACGAAUGGACUGAGCGAAGAACAACUGACACUCCUCCGAGAGAUGUUGUCGACCAUGCGAGACAACCUGUGCUCCGGCCCCACCAGCAAGAAGACUCUCUUCGUAGCCGGCUGCGGCGGACCUCCGGCCGAUCGCGCAGGCCGACCACCCACCGAUGUAACGGUGGCCGAAGUUCGCCGCGAUGAUAUCGCGGUACAAAUCUCUUCUGUCGGCACCGUAGUUCCGCUCGAUGCCAGUCGUGUGGCGGCGCGGGGAAACGGUCGGGUUGAAAGCUUCCCACUCCGCGAAGGUGCCUUGGUCAAAGCCGGCGAAGUGCUGGCCCAACUGCAAACAUCAACAAUCGAAAUUGAGAUUGAAGCCGCAGAGGCGCUGCUAAAAGAAAAGCAACAAACUUUGGCCCUGCAGGAAGCCGGCUAUCGCAGCGAAGAGAUUGCCCAGGCCGAAGCCCGCAUGCUGGCGGCCGAAGCCGUCUAUCGCCGCGCGGUGGCGGCACUCGAGCGUCGCCAGCAACUUCACGAACAAGGUUCGAUCACCGACGACGAGCUAGACGACGUCACGUACACGGCCACCCAAACCGAACAGCUUUAUGCCGAGGCCACGUCCGACUUCGAAAUGAAGCAGGCCGGCAAUCGCGCUGAAGACAUCGAAGCCGCCCGCGCCGCUGUCGAGGCCCAAAAACAAGAAGUCGCCCGACUCAAAGAAGAGAUGCGAAAGCGGACGAUUUGUUCUCCCUUCGAUGGCUACAUUGUCGAAAAGCAAACCGAUGUAGGCGAAUGGGUUUCUGAAGGUGGUAUCGUGGCCACCGUCGCCCGCUUGGACAUCGUCGAAGUCGAGGUGCAAGUCGAUGAGAAGUACGUCGAUCAAAUUGACGUCGGCGGAACGGUCGAUGUGCAUAUCGAAGCGAUCGGCCCAGAGCCCCGCAAGGGAACGAUUCAAGCCAUUGUGCCACGUUCGAACUGGCAACAGGGUAGCCGUAGCUUCCCGGUUGUUGUUCGCAUGGACAACGAAUACGUCGACGGCGUCCCGCGGCUGAAAGAAGGGAUGAUCGCGCGGAUCACCUUCAGCGGAAAACCGCACGAGGCCCUGCUCGCCCACAAAGAUGCCAUCGUCCGCUCCAGCGGCAAACCGGUUGUGUACGUCGUGGGGGCCGGCAGCAAAAUCCGCGGCGUGCCCGUCACCGAGGGCAUCAGCGACGGGUCGUACAUCGAAAUCUUCGGGGAAGUCACCGACGGUGAACUGUUGGUUGUUGAGGGUGCCGAACGCGUGCGGCCCUUCGAUCAGGUGAAUGUGCUGAACGUCACGGGCGAAAAGGCGGCUCAGCUUGCCACCGAGCCCGCACCCGAGGAGGUCGCCGUGGCCGUGGUGUUGGUGUGUUGCUUUGGAUUGAUCUCGCUGUUUGCCAUUCCCGUGCAGCUAACCCCCGAAGUCGUCCGCCCCGUGGUGGUGGUCGACACUCGCUGGCCCGGGGCCAGCCCGCAAGAGAUCGAAUCGGAAAUCAUCUCGAAGCAGGAAGAACAACUGCAAGAUGUCGAGGGGAUGAUCGAGUUCAGCAGCCAAUGCUCGACGGGCCGCGGCGAAGUGGAAAUGGAGUUCGCCGCCGGUACCCCCAUGGAGUCGACCCUGCUGAAGGUCGCCAACAAACUCGACCAGGUUCGCGACUAUCCGGAAGACGCCGGCGAGCCCGAAAUCGAAACGGUGAGCGUCAACAGCAGCUCGAUCGCUUACUUCAGCCUGGUCGCCCGACCGCCCACGCACCAACAACUGCGGGAGUUCCUCUCCGAUCAUCCGGAACUGGCCGAGCCGUGCGCGGUCUUGUUCGAAACAGAAAUUGUCGACAUGCCGACCUUCAACCGGUUGGCCGACACAUUUCCCGAAUUGAAGGAACUCACCGUUGGUGCCCCCGAUGUCUUCGCCCUGCGGACCUUCGCCGAAGAUUACAUUGCCGCCGAAAUCCAACGUGUCGACGGCGUGGGCGACUGCGACAUUUACGGUGGCAGCGAAGGCGAACUGCGUGUGGUGAUCAAUCCGGCCAAGCUCGCGGCCUACCAAAUCACCAUCGCUCAACUCCGCGACGCCCUCACCCGUGAAAACCAAAACAUCUCCGGCGGCGAUCUGUGGGAAGGCAAGCGCCGCUACAUCGUCCGCACCCUGGGGCAGUUUCAAUCGCCCGACGAGGUGGCCAACACCAUCGUGGCCUACCGCGACGGAGCCCCCGUUUACCUUCGCGACUUGGCCGAGGUGAAACUCACCAGCAGCAAAACGCAGGGCGUAGGCCAUCAACGCGGCGUCGACAUGCUCACCGCCGCCGUGAAACGCAAGCAAGGUGCCAACGUCAUCGACGUGAUGAACGGUAUCAAAGAAAAGGUCCGCAUGCUCAACGACGGACUGCUCAAAGCUCGCGGCCUGUAUCUGCUGCAAAGCUACGACGAAACCGUCUACAUCGAAUCGGCCACCAACCUGGUAACCAGCAACCUCAUCGUCGGCGGGCUUCUGGCCGUGCUCGUGUUGUUGGUCUUCCUGAGAAACGGACGCUCCACGCUGGUCAUCGCAUUGGCCAUUCCAAUCUGCGCCGUGGGUACGUUCCUCAUCGUCAAACUCACCGGUCGCUCGAUCAACGUCAUCAGCCUGGCCGGCAUGGCAUUCGCCGUCGGCAUGGUGCUGGACAGUGCGAUCGUAGUGCUCGAGAACAUCGACCGACACUUCCAAAACGGCGACUCGCCCUGGAUGGCAGCCAGCCGCGGAACCAGCGAAGUGUGGGGGGCAAUUCUGGCCAGCACGCUCACCACGGCCGCCGUGUUCCUCCCGGUGAUGUUCAUUGAGGAAGAAGCCGGUCAACUGUUUCGCGAUAUCGCCAUCGCCAUCACCGCGGGUGUUUCACUCAGCCUGGUGGUUUCGCUUACCGUGAUUCCAGCCGCCAGUGCCCGCCUGCUUCGCAACCGACGUGGGGAAGGCAACUUGAAAAUCACCAAGCUGGGCCGUCUCCCCGGCUUUCUCGAUUCACUCGAUCGGCUGGGUGCCAGCUUCAGCGACAAGGUAGUCGAGAUCAAUCGCCGGUUACUCUCCGCAGAACUACGUCCCACCACCCGCUAUCUCACCGCGGUCGGCUUCUUGGUGGGUCUACUGGGAAUUUUGCCCGUCACCUACAACCGCAUCGACUUCUGGCCCUACUGGUAUCCCGUCGCAUCGUGGGGUGCAUUGGCGUUGGUUGCUGUUUUGGCGUUGGUUUUUCUUCCCAUCGCAUUGAGUCGCCCCCGCCUAGCAAUCGUGGGUAACAAGAACUUGGUGUUCGCCCAGCUCCAGCCGCCGCCGGGCUACAACAUCGAUCAACUCGAAUCGUUAGGCCACACCAUCGAGUCGCGUCUCGAGCCUUAUUGGGAAGCCCGACCGGGCACGCCCGAAGCCGCCGCGCUCGAUGGCCCUGUGAUCGACAACUUCUUCCUCGUCGCGCGGGGCUCCUCGCUCUUCAUGGGCGGGCGCACCACCGACCCGGCCCAAGCCCACGAACUGGUUCCCUUGCUCGAACGAGCCACGUCCGGCCUGCCAGGCGUAAACGCCUUCGUUAGUCAGUCGAGCUUGUUCGAACGCAACCUGUCUGAAGGUCGUUCGAUCGAGGUCGAAAUCGUCGGCCCCGAGAUCACCAAGCUGGUGGAACUUGGUGGACGCAUUCAAAAGGAAGUGCAGUCCAUCUUCCCACCCACCACCGAAACCCAAGUGCGAGCCGUGCCGAGCCUCGACCUGGGCAGUAGCGAACUGCAUGUUCGUCGCAACGCCGAUAAAGCCGCCCAACGCGGUGUGACCACCAGCGAGUUGGGCUACACGGUCGACGCCCUCAUCGAUGGAGCCUACGCCGGCACCUACUGGCACAACGGAAGAGAGAUCGACCUGGUCAUCUUCGGCGCCGAAGACUACAGCACCCGCACGCAAGACAUACAGCAACUGCCCGUCGGUGCCCCCACCGGCGAACUCGUAGCCCUGGGCGAUGUGGCCGACGUGGUCCUCUCCGCCGGUCCCGAGCAAAUCAAUCGCAUCGACCGCCAACGCUCUAUCACCAUCCAAGUUCGCCCCGGCCCGGGCAUCUCGCUGGAAAGCGCCAUGCUGCGGAUCGAAAACGAAGUGGUCGAACCCUUGCGAGAAUCGGGUGCAGACGCCGGCGGGUUGUAUCAGUUCCGCCUGGCAGGCACCGCCGACGAUCUGCGACAGAUGCGGAGCGUGUUGAGUUGGCGAAUCGCGAUGGCCGUGUUCAUCACCUUCCUGCUUAUCGCGGCCCUGUACGAAUCUUUCCUUUACCCCAUCGCCAUUAUGAUCAGCGUCCCAUUGGCCUCCGUGGGUGGCUUCGCCGGAUUGCGUUUGUUGAACCUCUUCACCACGCAGCGGCUCGACAUUCUCACCAUGCUAGGGUUCAUCAUUCUCAUCGGUACGGUGGUGAACAAUGCCAUCCUAAUCAUCGAUCGGGCCUUGCAGCUCAUUCGCUAUGAAGGGCUCGAUCAUCAAACGGCCAUGCUGGAAAGUAUUCGCAGCCGCAUCCGUCCCAUCUUCAUGACCACCGCCACCACGUGCCUGGGCAUGUUCCCGCUGGUGGUCUUCCCCGGGGCCGGUAGCGAACUCUACCGCGGGCUCGGCAGCGUGGUGCUAGGCGGCCUGAUCGUCUCGACCAUGUUCACACUGUUCCUCGUGCCGCUACUGUUCUGCCUGCUGUACGAACUACGGCUGAAAACCCUGGGGGCCGAAACGCUCAUCAACGAAAACAGCGACCCGCUCCCCGUCGGAACUCGCCCGCUUUGGCGUUAUACUGCGGCUGUUCCGCUGGCGAACUUCGCUCCGCAAGCGGAUGGGGUGCAACGAACCAUUCAAACGAUGGGAGUGGAUGCCGUGAGUACUUCCAGCAAGCGGAAGAAGGUUGAGACGUUCGAAGACCUUAGCGGAGACUUAGCCGGCACCUUCCGGCGGGAAGAACGAAACGCCAGUGGGAAAGUCGAGCAAACCGCGCUCGACGCUUCACUCGCCCAACUCGACCGCGACGGCUACGUCGUCCUUGAAGGCGCGAUCACCCCUGAGCAACUGGACGAGGCCAAACAGGCCCUCGCACCACUGUUGGGUCAAUUGGGCCGCAACGACUUCGAGGGACUGCAAACCCAACGUGUUUAUUCGCUGCUGCAGAAAACAAGAGCCCUCGAUUCGCUCGUCGCGCAUCCGUUGAUCAUGGCCAUCCUCGAGAAGCGGCUUCCCGACGCGUUGCUCUCCGCUUGCCUGGCAAUCAACAUCUGUCCCGGCGAGAAGGCCCAGAUCCCGCACUACGAUGCGGCCUUCUAUCCCGACUCCCGGCACGAGAAGACACUCGCCAUUUCGGUCAUCUGGGCGCUCGACCCAUUCACCGCAGAAAACGGAGCAACCACCGUUUGGCCCGGCAGCCAUCUGUGGAAAGACGAACGACGCCCAACCGAAGCCGACGAACACUGCCCCGCCACCAUGCCUGCCGGGUCGGCCGUUGUGUUCUCGGGCAAUCUCUGGCACGGCGGUGGAGUGAAUCGGGAGAAGGAGUCCCGCCUGGCACUCACUGCCCAGUAUUGUGCCCCCUGGCUACGCACCCAAGAGAACAUGUCACUGGCCGUCGCCCCUUCAACCGUCGCAACCUUAAGCGAAGAACUCCAAGCCCUGCUCGGCUACGCCAUCCAUCCACCAUUCAUGGGCCACGUGAACGGAAUGCACCCCAAGCGGUUGCUGGAGGCGCAAGAGUAG